AUGAACCAAAAGAGCUCUAUGAAAGUUAUAAAUAACAUUAUGUUCAACACUAAUGGGAUUCUCAGAAUGAUGGACCAAACAAAUCUUUGGACCACUUUUUUGUCACUCAAAAAUUCUUCAGAACUUUUCAUAUCUGGUCAGUCCAUUUUUAGAACGGAACAAAACUCUUAUAUUAGUACCAAAGCUAACUUGACUUUGGAUAACUCCAGUCGGUUCAUUUGUACUCAAACCAUCACAACAUCGGAUUUAUGUUCGAUUACUGUCACAGACUCGGCAAUUUUGCAGGCGCGUGUUAUGAUUAUUGACCAAUGCAAUUUUGGUCUUCUUAAAACAGCCCAACUAGUCGUGACAGAUGCCAUUUCCAUUGGAAAUUUGAGUGAAUUUAAAAGUGAGAGUAAUGCACAAAUCAUAUGCGACACUAUGAAAGUUACUAAUAUGACUAAAGUUAUAGUCAAUGGGGAUAGUUACCUUGUCAUACAAGAUACAUUAACAGUCAACAACGCGACAUUUUCUAUUAAUUCAAAGAGUCAAGUGACGUGUAACAAUGUCGUAUUGACACAAAAUGGUACAAUCAAUUUGACUGAGAAAGGUACUUUGAGGUGUUCUGACACUUUCAAAGUCAUUGAAGACAGUGUAUUAGUGUUAUGUGGUGAGAGUGUACUUACUGCAAAUGUGUUGCAAAUUGAAGGCGCCUCACUUAGGAUUGAAAAUAGCUUUUUGUCGAUAACAUCACUAAAAAAGUUCAAUUGCUUGAGUGGAUUUAUAACAGUGAAUGGACAGGGGACUUUGACUGCGGAUUAUGUGUAUUUGAAUGAGUGUACAAUUACAGUACAGAUGAGGUCUAUUAUCGACUUUGCUUUAUUUGAGACGGGUGACAUCACAUUAAAUACUAUCGUUAUUGCUGCAAACCAACCAUUCGACUUUGUAUAUUCAUUCGACCCAAUUACAGUCGACAAAACAUCUUUAACAACACAUCAUUUGAACUUCAUGAUGAGUAAUAGAAUAAUUCGAUAUGGUACAACUACACACUAUUCAUGUCACUUAAUGAGUGAACAGUUUACUGAUAAUAUAUACUACGAAGGAUACUGUCCUUGUGCGGAAGAUGGAUGUAUCAUUGUAGCAACAAAACAGAGUUUGGUUGUCAGUCGUGUGGCUCAAUUAAAUGAAGUUCAAACGACGUUAUUAAGAUGGUACACCCACAUUCAUAAGAACUUAAAUGAAGUCAUCGAAAACAGUGUAAUAUAUCAAGACUAUACUUUUAAUUUGGGACUAAAUUAUAAUAAUGCUGUGGUGAUUGAUAAUGAAAAAUUAUCAUUAAUAGAUGUCACACAAAUUACAACAGAAUAUGUGGUUGCUGCUACAAAUGGAUUUGUAUACAACAAUACCAAUUGUUUAAUUGGUAUAACUGAUAACUCAAGCUUUGUUUGUACAUUGUUCUAUUGUGAUUGUGAUAUCGGGUUCAUUGAUUCAACAACAAUGUCGUGCAAAACGUGCUUCGCUGAUAAUUGCAAGAAAUGCAUUUCAAACAUUGAAAGCACUUGUAUUGAGUGUACCUCGGGAUUUAUAUUGGAUGGGGGAAUUUGUACAUCAAUCAAAAUAGUAAACUGCCUUUAUGAGAGAGGAGGAAUGUGCGUCAAGUGCAAAGAACGGUACUAUCAAAAGGAUGGCAAUUGCACAUUAAUGAAUGACAAUUGCAUCCAAAAAGAUGCUGGCAUGUGUGUCAUUUGUUCUCCACAAACUAUGUUACAGAAUGGAAAGUGCCAAGACAUUACCAACAGUGCUGUUGUUGUGUCGAAUUCGAUCAUUUAUUGUCUUCAAGGCUAUGCAAUACAUUCCACAAAUUGUGUGCGGUGUUCUGAAUUGUUUGAAUUUUGUAAAUAUUGUUCUCCGUCCAUGUGUUUGAGUUGUGAUGAUAGUUAUCACUUGACACCCGAGGGGAUCUGUACCUCCACUUUCUGUAGUUCUGAAGACAAUUUAGAAAUGAGUGAAAAUGGGCAGUGUACUCAUAUCAUACCCAACUGCUUUAAUGGUAUGAACGACAAAUGCGUAGAAUGUGAAGAAGAAUACAUUCUCAACUCGUACCUGUUAUGUGAAAACAGAAUUGACCAGGACCAUUGUGUUGGAACAAAAUAUGGGAAAUGUUAUUCUUGUAUGAACGGGUAUUACCUAUUUAAUGAAAGUUGUUUGAAAUGUCCGUUUCCUUGCAACUCGUGUUACUCAUCCACAAAGUGUUUGUCUUGUGGGGUGGGGUAUUAUCUAACUGACAACACGUGCAAAUCAAAUGAUUUAUUAAAAGAGACAUGUGAAAAGAUUUCUAUCACAGGAAUCGGGUGUUAUAAAUGUAAAGAGGGCUAUUUCCGUAAUGGCCUUGAUUGCCAAAAAUGCUCUUCAAGUUGUUCUACGUGUAACCAAGAAGGUAAAUGCCUCGGUUGUAAUUCCACAAAUUUCAUGGAUGAGAACAAAGACUGUUUGCCACAAAGUGUGUUGUCUGGGUGUGCACACAUCGUUGACGAGAAUGGGUGCACGAAAUGUAUAGAAGGGUUCUAUAUUUUUAAGACAAAUCAGUGUCAAAUUUGCAUUGAAAACUGCUCUUCUUGUAUAAGCGAAAAGGUGUGUUUGAAGUGCAAAAAUAGCUUUGUUCUAUCAACCAACAACUGUGUACCAUUCAACACAAUUUUGAAGUGUACAAAUGCAGAGAAUUCAAAGUGUUCCCAAUGCUCAUUUUGGUACACACCAAACUCUUCAGGAACUUUUUGCAACAAAAGGACUGUGUGGUGGGUUGUGCUCUUAGUCGUCUUCUUCUUACUUUUCAUUUGUAUUGGAAUUAUUUUGAUAACGAUGUUUGGCUUAUGGAAAAUAAAAGAGAAGUUUGGAGAGCGCAGCCACGCUUCGCGGAUCAAAGUGUUCAAGAUGAAAAACACUGACGUCACUUUCACCAAUUUGAACAACGGAAUUUGCGUGAACAAGAAAACAGUCAACCUGAACGAGACGUCGGAAGAAAUCCAAAUUUUGAGAGAAACGUAUCAUUUCCUCUGUGUUGGGAAUGUGAAUAAGAAGACUGUUAAAGUGCAAUUUUCAAUAAAAGACCAAGAGACCUAUUCAAUUACAAUUGACCCGGAAAUUGUGUUGUUAAAAUCGAAUGAAGCGUGCGAAUUUCUUAUUGUUUUCACUGCUCUUUGCACGUGUAAAAUUAUCACGGAAAUUAUGUUAAUAUCACAGAAGGUGAAUAAAGACGAGAGAUGUGUCACUUCGAUAUCAGUGAAAGGGGAGACCGUUCUUUCGACUCGUCUUAAUCCGUUGGAUAUCGUCACAACGGAUAAAAUAGGAGAAGGGACCUUUGGCAUAGUUUAUAGUGGGAAGUACAAGAAUGAAAAUGUCGCGGUCAAGAAGAUGAAGUGUUACGAUGGGAUAUCCGACUUGGAGGAUUUCUCAAAUGAAGUUGCGAUGCUUGAUAAGUUUCGGUGUGAUUACAUUAUACACUUCUAUGGAGCCGUAUUUAUACCAAACAAGAUAUGUAUGGUCACAGAAUUUGCACCAUUUGGAUCUUUAGAAGACGUUAUUUAUAACCCAGAACGUUACAAAACUACUGAGACGAUUUAUAAGGAAGCUUUCAGACUGAAGAUAUGCCUUGACGCAGCAAAGGGUAUUUUAUAUUUGCAUACAAAUGGGAUACUACAUAGAGACGUUAAACCAGAUAAUAUCUUGGUAGUCUCACUUGAUAUCAAUAACCAAGUGAACGCCAAAUUGACUGACUUCGGAGCUGCAAGAAACUUUAAUAUGUUGAUGACUAAUAUGACAUUCACUAAAGGAAUUGGAACUCCUGUUUACAUGGCACCAGAGGUGUUAAAGAAGAAGAAGUACAAAGAGCCAGCUGACAUCUUCUCACUUGGAGUAACGAUGUUAGAGUGUUUAAUAUGGAAGCAUGUGUACUCUUCUGAUGAGUUUAAUUAUCCAUGGAAAAUUGCUGAAUUUGUAGUGAAUGGAAAUCGGGUGAAAAAACCCGAACACAUUAAAGACUGUCACUUCGAACUUAUUAAGAAGUGUUGGUGCCAAAAUCCUCAGACUCGAUUGAAAAUCGGACCAAUUGUUGAUACACUCAAACUCUUUUGGGAACAAGAAGAGUGA